AUGUCACGCAGGGACACGGUGAAUGAGAAGGGAGAAUUAGGCAGCACCGGCACUGCUUCUUGUGAGGGUGGCAGCGGCACAGCGGUGGUAACCAGGGGCAUGAUGGGGGAGACGGCGAGAGAGGAGGGCGGAUUAGGCAGCAGCAUGGGAGGCGGCAACACAGUUUCUGCACACCUCUCACGGAGUUGCACUGCUGUUUGUGAGGGCGGCAGCAACGCUGCUCCUUGUGAGGGCGGCAGCAACGCUGCUGCUGGGGACGAGGGCGGCACAGUGGUGGUUACCAGCGGCGCGGGAGACAGCGGCAGCGGCGCGGGAGACAGCGGCAGCGGCACAGUGGUGGUGGCUGGCAGCAGCAUGGGAGACAGCGGCAGCGGCACAGUGGUGAUUACCAGCGGCACAGGAGACGGCGGCAGCGGCAGCGGCGCAUUGGUGGUGGCUGGCAGCAGCAUGGGAGACGGCGACCGAGCCUCUCCGCACCUCUCGGAAAACCCAAAGGAAUUAGUAAGCGAGACUGCUCUCGUCGCGCCCGAGCCUCCUGCAUCUCCCGACCCGGUAUAUUCUGGGAAGAAAAUCCGGUUGCUCUCUGCAGAGGAAGGAGCGCGGUUGGCUGCCCAGCGACGCUCGUCAUUGGGAACGCCAGGCAAUGGGAUUGGGCAGAGGUGCUUCAACCCCUGCCGUGCAGCCAGCUUCAGCAGCAGUGCAGCCGGAGGAAGCUUCCAAGCUUGA